ACGCGGAUCUUUUCCAAAGUUAUCCAAAAUUAAUAACGUACUAAUGAAUUAUCUUAUCAUCUACAACGUUGUGACGGGAUAUUCUUGAAUGCUGGUCUAAAUUCCACGUAUAAAAUAAUGUUCGAAACUGGUCGACGAUCUGCAACAAGUACGUCUGAACUAGGGCUCUAUUCUGAUCGGAGUGAUCAUUAUCAUAGAAAUCGCUACGGUAUCGGUGUCCGAAAAUACGUCAUCGGUAUAAUGGUGGUCCUAGCCAUCAUUCUGGUCUCAUUCCUCUUUUACGACUUCACAUCGGGAGCAACGAUGCCCAACCAGGAAGCUAAGGAGACGAAACAUAUUUACAUACUGCAAAAUGCUCUAAAAAGGCCUGUAACUCCAUACAGGAAAACCACUACCACCGUUAGUACACCUGUUCACGAUAGUAGCAAGACGGAUUUAUUGAAGAUGGAAGAUCGGUCAGAUCUUAAUUACGAGCGCGAAGAUGUUACGGGUGAUUCCGAAGAACUAAAAGAUCAGAUUGCCUCUGAAACGCGUUCCAUAGCAUUCACCAAACCGGAUACAGAAUUUCGAAGUCAAAACUUGGAUAAUUUUAAUCUAAGGCAGAAGCUAUUAUCGAUGGAUCAAGAUGAAAGUGUGGAGAAAGUCCAAGGGAAACAAUUGUUCGACAAUCACGCGAUGCUUUAUCGACUGAGACGAAGGUACAAACAUCCGGCUUCUGACGAAGACGUCAGCUUCGAAGAAUCACGACCGGCGCCGUUUCACUUCGAGUACAAAACUCCGGUUCCAACCUCUUUUAAACGGUCUAAAUACCCACAGCUCUCGCAGUAUCGAUAUCCUCACAACUCGAACAACAUCCAGGACAUCAUAAAGUACCUGACCAAAGACAGUGAGAAACCGAGUCGAGGAAUCAAAUUUUCAGGGGUCUACGUCAACCCGAAAAAAUUGGAAUUCUAUCCUGAGGUUGGCGAAAUGAUGGCAAACAGUGAUAAAUCUGAGGAAGAAAAUCUCUCUCCGUUCGCCCACGGCUUUAGUGCAGAUCCGUUCUAUCAGUACAAACCAAAAAAUCCAUCUGACGUGAACCUGUUGGCCACGUCCAAUGUCAGAUUUCCACCAUCGGCUUUUCACAGACACGGCUUGAGCUACUAUGACCAAUACUACCAGAGACCACCGAUAAACAUAAAUGCCCAAUCGUCCUCUUCUUCCGAGUCGCAGUACGAUAACUACGGCUCGCGGUCAACGGUGGCCUUUGGCAAAAAACGAAAGCCACAGCCAUUCAGCGUAAUGCUCGACAUUUAUCCUAUCCCGGAUUCUACUGAUCCUAGCCGUAAAUCGGCGAGGCCAAGGUCUGGGCCAAAUUACAACCAUCAGAAUCAGGCUUCACAUGAAGAGUACGACACCAGGCGACCUCUUCCGCAUAACAAGGGAUUGACGUAUUCUCACUUCGUUCCACCCCCGCAGCCAAUUUCCUUGGUCGCGGUUCCUGGUUCGCAAGGCCCUCAGGAUGACGAGGAGCGCCAGCAGAUGAUAUUCCAUUUGAAUCUGUACCCCAAACGACGUAAUAAAAUAAACAGGAAUGACAUAAUCCCAAGAUCUCAACGUACGGAUCAAAGGAGCGAGGAUUCCGUCGAGGAAAGCGUACCCCCGCCGUUUGACAUCAUUGCGAAACAUUUGACCGAUCACUCGGCAAUUCAAGCAUCUAAAUUUGAGGAGACUCAGCCUUCUGACAACGCUGAUGCUUCUUCGAUAGUUAAUCGAUACGAAGAAAGGGUUUUAGACAGAGGGAAAAAAGAAGAAGAAAGUUCAUCUCACCGAGGAGGAGGUGCGAAAAAAGUUGGAAAUACGAGAUCGAUUCCUGCCAAUCAUAGACCAGACUUUACGAUUGAGAGUAUUGCUGAAAAAUUCUUAAACACGUCGAAUGAAAACGUCGAGAACACAUCGACGGAAACAUGUGAAACUUUCAAGAACUUAGAGCCCACUAACGAAGAGUCAAAAGAUGGUGAAACUGAAGAAACUGUAAUAUCCAAGGACAUUGAUACUGCGGAAGGAUUUCAAAAUUUUGCAGAUGGCCUCUUAGCCACGGAUUGAUUCUCAAUACCGUAAAAAUAAAUAAACCUGUUUAGAUAAAUCUAUUAUACCAAAUUACUUCACUUGAUUGUAUAAAUAUUAUUUUAUUUCCCUAUUAUAAUAUUAUUCUAUUCCAACCUUAUUUAUCGUGUUUAGCAAACUUAAUUAUGAGGAGAUAUUUUUUGCUUCGCACUUAGUUACUCUGCAUUUUUUAUUGAAGAAUUGAGACAUUAAAUG